CGGUCAUUAUUAUAGUUAAUUUAGCCAGAGAAAAAAAAUCGAAAACUAAAAUCUUACAUCCCUAAUAUCUAUAGUUACCGACUUUAUUCAAGAUUCUAACGCGCUUCAGAUUUGAACUCAUGACUAUUGAGUUAUUAGUCAACGUCCUUUAUCCGCACGGCAAAGAUGAAAAAGAUGACUGAAGAUGACUUCGUUUUAACAAGUGCUAAAUAUUAUUUUUAAGGGAGAAUAAGAAAUAAAUUAUUUUCGACCUGCGUCUUAUUAGUACCCAUUAUCAAUUCGCACGUCCAUAACCCCGAAAUUAAAAUAUAAGGCAGACACCCAUUACGCCAAUACUCAAUAUAUAUUAUAAAUAUUUGUACAUUAUUUUUUUAACCUUUUAUAGAUGAUUGUAUAAAUCAUAAACAAUAUUUAUUUAAUAUAUUUUCUUUUCAAUAUCCCACAGUGGAAAUUCCUUCACAUUUAAAUGUAAAUAAGAAAAAAUUUAAAAAUUAAAGAUUUCAACACAAUUUCUGUAUACUGUAACCGAAACUUAGAUGAUGUUUGCCUAUUAUCGAAAGAUAUGGGUAUACUAAAAUUUCUUUUGUUUUUAAUAUCACGAAAUGUGCAUUAGAGACACACUCACUCUGUUGUGUGUGGUAUAUCCAUCGCUUUUUGUGCUCUGUUGUGAAAAUAAACGUACAAACAUUAAAAUAGAAAAUGGAAAACCAAAUAUAUUUGAUAUGGGGAUUAGAGUUUGCCAUUCCUGCCUGCAUGUCCAUGGUUAAAGUCACUGUGACUAUAUGAACAUGAUAAUGGCCUGGAAAGUUUGUGUAAUGGAAAAAAGCUUCGGCUUUUAGGCAAAUUUUUCGUAUUCAUUUUCCAAAUUGAGAAAUCAGAUAAAUCGACUAAUAGAGUAAUUUAAUCGAGUUGCGUGGAUGAGAGGUAUUCGAGUGACGGAUGCGAAUAACACGAACUCACAUUAGUUUGUUUCUAGCGCUGCUUAUAGUAUGGUUGUGUAUUGAAAUAUGCAUGGCAUUGAAUGCAGGGUAUUCGGUCGCUAAGACAACUAGCCAGCGUCAUAAACAAGAUGCGUACAAGCAUUAAAUUACUUUUAUUAAUUUCCAAUUUAAUAAUCGUUUACCAAAGUAGUGUUGACUUUACAAUCAAACGGAAUAAAAACUUUAAAAAUUUUAAAAAAUUUAAUUCAAAAAUUUUGCAAAAGAGAAGAACACUUCAACACCUCAAAUAUAUUUUUGUUAAGAUAUUUUUUACAUUUCAAUUUAUAUAAUUUGCUGUUUAUCCGAAAAACAAUAACGUCCAAAUGGUCUCGCCACGUAAGGCAUCAUCAUGCUUAAGUUUGGUUCAGGAAGAGGAAAAAUCGAAUCCUGUCAACGUCAAAAGCUGCGAAAGCGUUCAUUCUCAUUGCUCUUCAAAGAGUAUGGCUAACAUAAUUUAUCGAGCUAAGCGGCCGGUGGGACGUGGGCCAGCUGUACGCCAACCCUCAGUUGUACCAGUGAAUAAUGAAAUACGCCAACGAGUGCUCUCUGCACGUCGCUUGCGUAUGAAAACUUUCCAAAACCAAUUGGCGGACGCACAACAGACCAUUGCGGAAUUGGCUCAUGAAAAUCGAAUGUUACGCACCUUGCAUAAACGUCAGGAUUCCGCCUUAGCUAAAUAUGAAUCUACAAAUGCCGAGCUUCCACAAUUGCUACACUCGCAUGCCGAGGAAUUAAGAGUUUGGCAAACGAAGCAUCGAAACCUACAAGCAACGAACAAAGAAUUGGAACAAAAACUAAAACAAAAGGAGUCCUUGAUAUUGUCGCUGUCCGAUCAGAAUAAAUAUUAUAUACAGCUUAAUAAGGACAAAAACUUAGAAGAUCGGCAGCGCUUAACGGAAAAACUGCAAGCGUUAGAGACCCGUUUACAGGAAAAAGAAAAUGAUAUAAAAAUGAUGGCCCGCAAAUUUCAGCUAGAGGCGAAACAGUUCAAACAGCAUUUGCAGAUGGAACAGCGAAAAACUAAGGAGGUCAUGAUGAAAUUGGAAAAGUCCCGUUUAGAAUUGUCUGGUUUCCGCAAGCUGGAGGAAUUGCAGCUCCAAGAGAGAUUUAAUAUGCAAAUGAGACGAAAUAAAGCGGGAGGGAAUGAGGAACAUAAAGAUGAUAAAAUAUCAGAAAAAUCGCCUUACACUGAUGGUGACACUGCAGAAGAUACCGAGGUUCCUACUACUCAUCGCUCGAGUCACAGCACAAAUGUACAAACGCAACGUACGACCCGGGCCGUCAAAAAAAUGAACAGUACAACCAAAAAUUUAAUUGUCACACCUACAGUUCCAGAACCACAAAAGGAAACAACUGCUCCCACCAAACCAGUCGCAGUACUGAGACGCAUUAAUCAGACAGAAAGAGAUACCUCAGAAGAAACUUAUAAAGUUCCAAAAACCUCAUUAAAAUCAUCAACACUACAACAACAACAGCCUUUGUCAGCUUUAUCUCCACCAAAACCGGAAAAACUGCAACCUGACUAUGAGGAUGAAUAUGAAAAUGCUGACGACGAGGCACGCUAUUCCACCGAAGAUACGGCCGAUGAAACCUUAGGUCAAUUGGACGAAGAAACCGAUGAAAAUGGAGGAGGUUUUAUGGCAAAUAUUGACGGCGACGCAGACGAAAAUGACCAGACUUAUGAAAAUGAAGAAUUUUAUAAUGAAUCUAGCAAAGUAGAGUUCAUUACUCCUACGACUGGCAAAAAGAGCCGUAUGAAAGAAGAAAUAUCUACAAUACGCAAACAGAUUUCCAAUGACUAUAAAGAACGUGAGGCAUUCCUUGAUACGUUCUGCCGGCAAGCGACCAGUGGUAUUAUGCAGGAUGAUAACCCCAAAAUAUUUAAUGCAGCAGAUCAUAAGAUUCCCGUUAAUCGCAAACAUAAACUAUUAGCUGCACUAAAAGCCAUCGAUACCAACAAGAGCCAGGAUUAAAGAAUUUAAGCUUUUGCAUCAAUUAAAAAAAAAAAAUUGAAUUUAUUUACCUCACUCUUUUUUAGAUUCGUUGCUAUAGUAUAUAUAUUGACGUAACGCUUUAAGCUUUUGGCAAUUUACACCAAACAUAUUGAAAAUAAAUAGCAAAUCACUUUAACUUUGUAA